CUCAGUCAACCAUCCUCAUCUCCACAAGCGCCAGCUAUCCUUCUCUCCACGCACUCAACCUAGACCGUCGUCGACCAUCAGCAUCAUCUACUCCCGAGAGCGCCUCAUUCCGUCAAAAUGGUCAAACUCGAAGAACUCGAAGAUGAACAUUUCUUGAACAAGCCCGAGACCACAUCUGGGGAUGCCUUGCUCGUUGAUGAUGAUGAGGACUAUACUGAUACCGACUCCGAGAUUUCAGACGACGGCAGCGAACCCGAGCUCGACGAAUCUCUGCUCGACCGCCUUUCCGCCCUGCGCGACAUCGUCCCUCCCAAAGCCCGGGCCAAGAUCUCCAGCGUUACAUCUUCAAUCUACUCCGCGACGAGCACGACGGUAAAUUACUCUGGCAAAGGCCUGUGGGUGCUGGCGACGAGUAUUCUCUUGCUGGGCAUCCCUUACGCCCUGGCCCUCGGUGACGAGCAACAAUUUAUUGAGGAGGAGAAGCAGAGACAGAUGAUGGCCGAAGGGGCGCAGGGGAUGAUUCAACCGGCAGAGCAGCAGGCGGGCGGCCAGGCCAAGCCGGCCUUGUAAUGGGUCUAUGUCAACCCUGACAAAUAUGGUGACAUGUCCUUGGAUUGGGAAAGCAAGGGCGGUUGCGAUUGUCAUGCCGCAGGGCCAGCGCGCAGCUCCUGGAAGAAGGUGCUUGGGGUGUCGUCUAUCUGGAGCCAGACCGGCCGCAAGGCGGCGAGAAGAAAAUCCUGCCCCCGGAAAGGUUCGCUGUGGAGGUGUCUGGGAGGAGGAAUUGUACAAUACAAACACAACAGGACUAAUUUCAAGCGAGCUGCGUUCUGGACAUGUUCAAGAUGGAACUGGAGUGUGCUUGGCUAGUCGACUUCUGCUGUCUCAGCACGACACUGUGGUACGGAGGUGAUGCACUGACGCUUCUGUAUGAUCUCGUCUCUUAUUCGAUAACUGUAAAUUCAAGGAACAAAGAAUAAACGUUCACAAACA